ACAUUUUGAACAUGUAAUAUUAUAGAUCUUCGAUAAAAUUAACACAUAUCAAUCCAAUCCAGGAGAAAAUUUGGAAAUUAGUGCCUCCAGAAUUUGUACGAAUUUGAUUCUUGAAUUCAUCCCAUAGCAUCUAAUACGGAACGUGAAGCGGCGUUGUUCUUUGUUUACUUUUACGAGUUACUUCCUUUCGCCGGGUUCCUUCCCGGCUUUCACCACAGAGCUCGUCGGAGUUUGAAAAUUUGAAAAUUUCCCAUUUGAAAUUCGAUUCCAAUCAUUACCCAAUUCGUCUUUUUUGUUGAUUUUGCCUUUUUGAUUUGUGGGUCUGUGUUAAUUUUCAAGAGGGUCGUCGUUUUAGAACUUGGGGAGUAAUUGGGGUAUGGCGGAAGAGGAAUUUUCCGAUCAGAAUCGUCUUCUUAGAUCUAUGGAGGAUCAUAAUGAGGAAGAUCAUGAUUUAGAAUCGCAAGAUGUAAAUGGGGUUCAUCCAUUGAGAAAUAACAGUGGAAAAAGAGGUGGGUUUCUGGAUCUGCUUCAUCAUCUCAAUCGAGGGAGCAGUUUCUCUGGUCGUCGUUUGAGUUAUAAGCGUAUUGAUAUGGAUAAUCAUAACGUUAAUUUCAGCCCUUCUUCUGUUAAUAUUGUUGGUAGAAGUCGUACGGCUUCUUCUUCUUCUUCUUCUGAUCGUCACAACAAUUUCAAUUCGUAUUCUCUUCAUAGUCCAACUGCAAUUGAUGGCGAAAUUGAUGACAAUGGUGAUGAUACUGCCCCUCCUGAAUGGGCUUUGUUGCUUAUUGCUUGUCUUCUUGGCCUCGCCACCGGUCUUUGUGUUGCAGCUUUUAACAUUGGGGUACAUGUAAUCCAUGAGUGGGCUUGGGCUGGCACUCCAAACGAGGGUGCUGCUUGGCUUCGGUUACAGAGAAUGGCUGAUACUUGGCAUCGCAUUCUCUUGAUACCAGUGUGUGGAGGUGUUAUAGUGGGUAUGAUGCAUGGUUUGCUUGAGAUACUCAGCCAAAUAAAACAGUCAAGUGCUUCUCAAGGACAAGGAUUUGAUUUGCUUUCUGGAGUCUUUCCUACGGUUAAAGCCAUACAGGCUGCCAUCACUUUAGGUACUGGCUGUUCGUUGGGACCUGAAGGACCUAGUGUAGAUAUUGGAAAAUCAUGUGCCAAUGGAUUCUAUCUUAUGAUGGAAAAUAACAGUGAAAAGAUAAAAAUAGCAUUUGUUGCAGCUGGUGCAGCAGCGGGAAUUGCUUCAGGCUUCAAUGCAGCUGUUGCCGGUAGCUUCUUUGCAAUAGAAACUGUAUUGAGGCCUCUGCGUGCAGAAAAUUCACCUCCUUUUACGACUGCAAUGAUCAUACUGGCAUCUGUUAUCUCAUCUACAGUCUCAAAUGUUUUACUUGGGACUCAGUCUGCUUUCACAGUACCUACGUAUGAUUUGAAAUCUGCUGCUGAACUCCCACUGUACUUGAUAUUAGGAAUGCUAUGUGGUGCUGUAAGUGUAGCAGUGACACGUUUGGUUGCUUGGUUCGGUAAAUCAUUUGAGUUCAUCAAGGAAAGGUUUGGCCUUCCUCCUGUUGUCUGUCCUGCUUUAGGUGGUUUGGGAGCUGGGAUAAUAGCUCUCAAGUACCCUGGAAUCCUUUAUUGGGGUUUCACAAACGUGGAAGAAAUCCUACAUACUGGGAAUCGUCCUUCAGCUCCUGGGAUUUGGUUAUUAACUCAAAUAGCAGCUGCAAAAGUUGUGGCUACAGCUCUGUGCAAGGGUUCUGGGCUCGUAGGUGGCCUUUAUGCACCUAGUCUAAUGAUUGGUGCUGCUGUUGGUGCGGUAUUUGGGGGCUCAGCUGUUGAAAUCAUUAAUAUUGCAAUUCCUGGAAAUGCAGCUGUCGCACAGCCACAAGCAUAUGCACUGGUUGGGAUGGCUGCUACGCUAGCCUCAGUCUGUUCAGUGCCUUUAACAUCCGUUCUACUUCUGUUUGAGCUGACAAAGGAUUAUAGGAUACUCCUUCCUCUCAUGGGGGCCGUAGGCUUAGCUAUAUGGGUUCCUUCAGUUACAAAACAGACCAAGGAAAACGAAUCGUCCGAUAAGCGGGGUUUUGCAAGAGGUUAUACUUCUCUUUCACCAUCUGAACGUAAAGAUGGAGCAUCUUGGAGAUAUGAUAAUGGUGGCAAUGACUUGGAGCUCUCUGAGGUAGUAAAUCCAUCCGGCCAUGAAUCUAAUUAUGAAGAUAGUAUUCUCGAAGACCUAGAGGUUUCGCAAGCAAUGUCAAAAAACUAUCUGAAGGUUUCAUUGUCUACGUAUUUGAAAGAUGCACUUAAAUAUAUGAAGGAUAACCAGCAGAACUGUGUAUUAGUGGUUGACGAUGAGGAUUUCCUUGAGGGGAUCUUGACACAUGGUGACAUUAAACGAUAUCUCUUCAAGAAGUAUGGUGAUGCUUUCAUGGGUGAUUCACUGAGUGUGGAUACCUGUUUUGUGUCCUCUAUUUAUACUCGAGGAAUCAGAUACCGUGGUCGAGAACGGGGGAUCUUGACAUGUUAUCCUGACACUGCUCUGGCAACUGCCAAGGAACUAAUGGAGGCCAAGGGUAUAAAACAAUUACCUGUUGUUAAGCGUGGUAAAGAAAAGAAGAGAAGAAUUGUAGCCAUUCUCCACUACAACUCACUUAUUAGCUGUCUCAGAGAGUUCGUCAAUCAAAAGGAAACAGUAUAUCCUAGUGGAAAAGAGAUAGUUGUCCAGGAGAAUGUUGCUGAUGGUCAUUAAGGUGCUGUGCAACAUAUUCAAAGCUCAAGUUUUCCAGCAUUCAGUAUUAAGGAACAAACUGAAUGAUGGACUACAGUGAUCUGUUUUAUUCAGAAUUAUUCCCUCUGAUGACAGAACAUUUGCAACCCUCUUGGUUGAUCUUCAGAGAAGUGAGAAAUUAUAUGGUGAGUAGUUGAUAAAUGUAAUAAUUUUCCAAGUGAUUUUGCGAAUUGUAUUUUACACAAAUGUCAACUAUCCAACAUCUGUAACAUAGUACACAGAUUCAUUCAGAAGCAGAGAUGAACAUUGAGAGAAAAAUAUGUUGGCCUUUGAUGGUCUACUGAGAAUUUAGGCUGUGAGGGAUCCAUAUGGUUUAUUAGGGUAUAUAUGGGCCAGACCUGUUGAAAGGAUUCGGCCAUCUUACAUUUUAGGUUUCAUUGUAGCCAAUUAACUUUCACUAUUUUUUGUACUGGAAUGUGAUCAAUGAAUUAGCUCAUUCCUACUUCUCUUGAA